AUGAAAUAAUAGAAUUUGCUUACGUGUUAAGAUAUUGCACAUGAAGGAGAAGUUAUUUAAGGGUUUUGUUUAAAUUUGGAAUGCUAAGAUUCAAGAUCUUAGUUCUGUCUUUAAUGUGGGUUUGAUCCUAAAAAACAUACUAAUUGUAAGAAAGAUCUAAAAGGAUUUGGUUAAAUUUAGAGUUUUAUCACUAAAUUCAAUUAGUAUAUACUUGAUUUGACUAUCUAAUUAAUUAAUCCUAUUCAUCAAUCAAAACAAAAUAUGAAGAAUUCAUAAAAUAAUUGGAUAAUAUGA